GGGGUUGGCUGCCCGCAUUUCUAAAGCUUUCGCGCUCAUCAGACGAUGGUGGACGCAGGGAGCAGCAAGCGCAAACGCGAUGAGAGCCACGAGCGCAAGCUGCCGCUCAAUAAGGAGCGUCGCACCAAAGUGCGACAGGAGCACAUGGAGGAGGAGUUUGCUGAGACGUACCACGGACUUACCGCUCUGUAUAAGGUGCUUGAGGUCAAGCACCUGCAAAGCCCGUUGUUCUUGCCACGGACGCUAAGCUACCGCUUGGACCCGGCCUGGCAGCAAAAGGAGGUCAAAGAAAAGAAGGGCCAGAAGCAGGUCAAGAACGCGAAGGCUGGUGCCACCAUGAAGGAUUUCAAGAUCGGGAUGACAUCCGACACCAUGGAGGCCUUUAAGAGCCAAAAACAGCGCCCAGGAGUGCUGAUCUCGCUCUACAGGGCCAACGGCAAGAAGUUCAAUGACAACCAGUUUACGCUGCUUGCCACGUGCUUGAUCCCCGUGCCGUGUUCCAAAGAUCUAACGCUUCCGAAGGAGUUUGUGGAUCUUAACGCCGAUAUCUGCGUCGGAGUCUUCCAGGUGGUGGAGAUUAGUGACGUCGGUGAGACGAUUGCUGCUCAGUCAGCAUUUAAGUUUGCAGCGCCGUCGGUGGCGUCUAUUGUAAGCGGUAAGGACUUAUUGUCGACGUGUGCCAACGGCCGCAAGCCUCUGUUUGGCAACCUUUUGCGUCUCAACGUGUCGCGUCGUCGUGUGGGAUAUGUUACUGUUGAACUGCCGGCAAUUGCGUCGUCGGUGAGCGGAGGUGUCAAGUGUGAGUUCCGUAUCUCGUGGGAUCCGCUGCCCAAGACGAAAAAGAUGCAGCGCCUUGCGAGCAUCUGCGAUACGAAGUUGAAAUCUGAAGACGAGAGCAAGCAAAGUGACGAGAACUUCGCGUUAGCAGUCCCGAAGCGGGAUGUCACCUCGGCCGAACGCAAACCGUGUUCAGGGGUGUGGUUCCAUUUCCUGUAUCAUUCGAUGCUGCGCAGGAUGAGCGAGAAGCGCAUGGAGUACUCGUGCGCGUGGUGCAAUAUGUUUGCUGGCUCAUUACGUGGCCUCGUGGCCCACUUGGUUUCUUCCCACGAUCGCUUCCGCUUCCAAGCUACGGUUGGGCACGAUAAUAUCCCACACAUUUAUGUGAUGGUAAUGCAAGAGCCACAGAAAGGCAACAACGGGCGCCGCUCAGUGUUGUCUGAGCUUGAGAUGUUCCCGAAUGAGGAGCCAAGUCGCUUCGAACACCACUUCACUCACAUGUCCGGGAAGAAAUACGGCCCGCAUGGUUCUCAAGCAGUGGAGGCAGUUGAAGGCUUGAUGCAGGAGUUUGAUGAGAUGGAUGAGCUUUCACAAGAACAGCCCCAAGAGUUUUAUGCGCCCCUCCUCCAGCGCCAAUACUUCCACUCGCGAACUGGUGCUGUGGUAUUGGACCACGAAAAGAACUAUGACAGCGAUGACGAUGUUGAUGAGACCUGGAUCACGAAGCAGAGCGAGCGGUUAUUGGACGAAUUUGAGGAUGUUUCGCUGGAAGAGAAGGAAUUUAUGAAGAAGUGGAACCGCCACGUGAAGGAGUUCAAGUACGUGCAGUUUGUGACCGUGUUGAUCAAGUUUGGUCUCUGACUACUGAUGGUGUGGAAACAGGAUCCUGGCUGAUUUCAUGGUAGCGUCUUCGUGCCGCAUGUUCGCCCGGAACCACGGAAAAUGGCUCUUGGAUCACGGAUUGCGCCACAACUUCUUGCUCCAUUUGCUUAAUUUAUGGGACAACUCGUUGUUGAACUCACGUGCAAUCAUCGACUGCAUGCUGAUUGUCGACCAAAACAAGAAUCCUGAGGCGACAUCUGAAAACGGAGUGAAAGCAGACACGCAAGCGAAAGGGGAGUCGCUGCAGGCGAAAGUGGAGGAAACACCAGCGACUGCCGCCCAGUAAUUCAAUACUGUGCAGUAGCAGAAGUAGUACUAGAGUCGUACAAACGGCCCUUAUUAUUAAUACUUCUAACUCUCCGGAUAGCGUGGAGGUGCUUCCCGACGGUAAUGCGGUUGGCAAGUUAACUACAUGUAUCGCCCACGCUCGAAUACAAAAGUGCCUUUAUCGUCUU